GAGAACAAGUAUAUGCUAACUCUCUUCAUCCAGAUAUUAACAUGUCAAGAAGAAACGAUUGUUCUGUCCCAGAAACUUUUAUGUCUUCAUUAAUUUCACCUGAAGAUGGAGCUAUUACUACCUUAUAUUGUGCUACCAGUCCAGAAAUCGAAGAGAAAAAUUAUCACGGAAAGUAUUUUGAUCCAUAUGGUAUAGAAGGUGAAAAAUCUUCAUACACUGAAAAUGAAGAUUUGGCCAAGAGACUUUGGGAAUUUACGGAGAAUUUGAUAAACGAGAAAUUAUCGCAAAAUUAA